AUGCUCCGUUCUGCCGUGCGCCAGCCAGCGCGCCAGCUUGUCCUCGUACGCCAGGCGCACAAUCAAGUUGCGCGUGUUCCCGCGAAGCCGCAUACUCCGCCGCAGGUCGGCACAGCGCAGGCACCGAACCGCGAAGCGACAUGGUCGAAGUCGCAGGCUACCCGCACGGAGACGAUGGUCGGUCCGCGCUUCGAGCAGACCGCCGAAGCGUAUCAACCGCGACCACUCGCCGCCAUUGAGCUCAUCCAGGAGGAGCCAAUCCGCAUGGUGCACGCGCGCCGUGCUGUUUGCGACGGCGGAGGAGGCGCCCUCGGUCAUCCUCGCAUCUUCAUCAACCUCGACAAGCCAGGAGUACACAGCUGCUCGUACUGCGGCAUCCGCUACGAGCAGAUUCACGAACACUCGGAACAUGGCAAGCCUGCAGGAGGGGCAGAGGGACGAUUCGGACCGUGA